AUGUAUUUAUUGACUCCUGCCUUUCUCGUCUCUCUGCUUCCAGGCCUACGGAACGCACCUCGCUGCUGGGAUGUGAUUCAGCCACUCCUCUGUGCCGUGUACAUGCCCAAGUGUGAGGAUGGGAAGGUGGAGCUGCCCAGCCAGUCUUUAUGCCAGGCCACACGUGGUCCUUGCACCAUCGUGGAACGCGAGCGGGGCUGGCCCGACUUCCUUAAAUGCACCACAGACCGCUUCCCGAAAGACUGCCCGAAUGAGUUCCAGAAAAUCAAAUUCAACAACUCGGGGCAGUGCGAGCCCCCGCUGGUCCGGACAGACAACCCCAAAAGUUGGUACGAGGACGUGGAGGGGUGUGGGAUCCAGUGCCAGAAUCCGCUCUUCACUGAGAAAGAGCACCGGGAAAUGCACGUCUACAUUGCGGCCUUCAGCUCCGUCACGAUAUUCUGCACCUUUUUCACCUUGUCUUCCGAUUUCCUGUCCCUCAGCUCCAACGAGACUCUCUCCUGCGUGAUCAUCUUUGUCAUCGUCUACUAUUCGCUGAUGUCCGGCGUGAUCUGGUUCGUCAUGCUGACCUACGCUUGGCACACCUCCUUCAAGGCGCUGGGGACCACCUACCAGCCCCUGGCGGGCAAGACCUCUUACUUCCACCUGGUGACCUGGUCCAUUCCUUUUGUUCUCACGGUCGCCAUCUUGGCCGUUGCCCAGGUGGAUGGUGACUCGGUCAGCGGGAUCUGCUUCGUAGGAUACAAGAACUACCACUACAGAGCAGGUUUUGUCUUGGCUCCCAUCGGCCUGGUGUUGAUCAUUGGAGGUUAUUUUUUGAUCCGAGGGGUGAUGACGCUGUUCUCCAUCAAGAGCAACCACCCGGGGCUGCUGAGCGAGAAGGCGGCCAGCAAAAUCAACGAGACGAUGCUACGUCUUGGGAUCUUCGGCUUCCUGGCGUUUGGGUUUGUCUUCAUCACUUUCGGCUGCCAUUUCUACGACUUCUUCCACCAGGAGGAGUGGGAGAGAAGCUUCCGGGAGCACGUCCUCUGUGAGGCCAACGUGACCAUCGCGACCCAGACUAAUAAACCCAUUCCCGAUUGUGAGAUCAAGAACCGCCCCAACUUGCUGGUGGAGAAGAUCAACCUCUUCGCCAUGUUUGGGACGGGCAUCUCCAUGAGCACCUGGGUGUGGACCAAGGCCACCCUCCUCAUCUGGAAGCGCACCUGGUGCAGGCUGACCGGCCGGAGUAGCAACGAGCCCAAGAGGAUCAAGAAGAGCAAGAUGAUCGCCAAGGCCUUCCUCAGGCGCAAGGAACUCCAGAACAACCCCAACCAGGAGCUCUCUUUCAGCCUGCGCACCGUCUCCCACGAGGGGCCAGUUGCUGGUUUGGUUUUUGAUAUGAACGAGCCCUCGGGGGACGUCUCCUCGGCGUGGGCGCAACAAGUGACCAAGAUGGUGGCCAGAAGGGGAGCGAUUCUCUCUCAAGACGUCUCCGUCACUCCAGUAGCCACGCCAGUGCCGCCGGAGGAAAGGGCCAGCUUGUGGCUGGUGGAGACCGAACUCUCGGCCCGCCGGCGCGAGAAGAAGUUGAAGAGGAAGAAGAAGAAGAAGAAGCAGCCCCCGAGGGUCAGAAAGGAGGUGUGCCCGGCGGGCGAGGUCUGCGACGACGGGGACUGCUUUACCCCAUGGGGCGUCAGCUCCGUCCCACGCCUGCCCCAGCUCCCCAAGGCCAAAUGCUUUGUCGCCAGCCCCUGGGAGUCCCGGGCCCUCAACGACGUCCUCUCGCCAAGAGCCAAGGCGGAAGAGCGGUCUAGCGCUUUGCCGCAGGAAGAAUCCUUCUCCCGGGGAGGCUGGGAGCGGGCGGGCGGCGGCCAGCGGAACAGCGCCCUGAAUCUCAUCAGCCACCCCUUCUGCCCCGACAGCUCCCCCCAGGACGAGGCAGGCCCUGGGGCCAGCGGCUGGCUGUUCUCGGGGCGUCGGCAACCACCACCACCACCACUGCCACGUCCUCCGGGCCCCCUCCUCCAGUACCCUUCCCACAGCACCACGUCAGGCGCCUUGUUCCUCAGCGGCCCGCCCUACCGGCCGCCUCAGGCUCAAGGGAGGUGGGGCGGGUUGCCCCCCAUCCACUCCCGGACCAACCUCAUGGAUGCCGAGCUGCUGGACCUUGAUUCUGACUUCUAGAAUUUGGGUUAGGGGGCUUUUAGGGGGAAAGAGGGGUGCUUCGCUCAGUUGUAGAUCAGCCGUGAGCCGGUUUUUUAAAUAUCUUUUUGGCCGAGGGGAAGGGUUUGGAAACCGACGUUACGCCUUAAUCCGCCCGCCCUUUGUGGGACCUCUGCUCCGUUUUGCAGUUAAAAUUUGGGAACAAAAGAGUGGCUUGUUUUUAGAGCGGACUUUUGGGGGGGGGAGCGUUUAGGUCAACGGCUAUCUUUUGGCUGGCUGAUCUUGGGAACAGCCUUUGACUGUGUCGCCAAAGCUCAGCAACUCCCUGGCUCUCCUCGACAGCACCAGCCUUUGACCAAGUGUCCCGUCCCGUCUUGAGGAUGCCUCGGGAGAAACCGGAAGGACAGGAAGGCUCAACCCCACCGAGACUCGGGAGGGACUUGCAUCUUGUCCGAUAUUUAUUACUUCAAGCGUGGAGAAGCAGUCUCAGAAAGGGAAGCUUGCUUUGGCUUGUGGAUCGGCUUUUCAACUUACCCGUUGCCCGCCAUGACUCAGACCCAGCUAAAUUCAGAUUUCAGAGCAGGUCUGAAAUCUCAGCCUUCUGCGAAGGGGUGAAACCUCAGCUGUUGGGCGUCCCCGUUGUUAUAGGGUGGGCAUGGAAAGAGAGAAAAGUUUGAGCCCUACAACCGUGCUCGGGGCAGGAGUGCCACCAGCCACGUCCCACUGGAUGGAGGAGAGAAAAAUGGCUGCACAUAGGAACACAGAGACACCCACACAGGGCCUUACCACGUUUUAUCCAGUGUCAUUGUGGAGGUCUUCGCUCUGGUUUUCCGCCUCUAAGCUGGAGAUGGGGCCAGAAGUAAACGGACGGGGGAAGAGGGAUUCAAGAACAGGGUGUCUGUUAACCAAGCCAUGGAGCACAUUGCCUACAGAUGAUUUUUGAGUUCACCCACAUGCCAUAAUCUCCUGUAGAGCCACGUCAACCGAAUUGUGAAUGGGUGUGUGUGUGUGUGUGUAUGUGUGCACUACAUUUCAGUCUUAAAGCAGGCUGAAGGCUCCAUGGUCCGUUAAAGCCAGGCGGGCAGAGAACCUGAAAAGUUACUUUUUAAAGACUACAUGCCCGGAAUGUCCCCAACAGCCUAAUCGGUGACCCUGUUGGUUUCAGGGACGGGUGGCAUUGGAGGAUUGCAAUCUUUAAAAAGUAACUUCUGCAGAACUCUGGACAGGACUGGGCCAGCGGCCACCUCUCUGUCAAGACCGUGUUGUGGGGGGGGGUCCAUACUUGCAGGGAAAACAGUACUUUGGACUUCCACCUUUUCUGAAUAUGUGUCUCACCGGGAAGGCUCAGUCCCUCUGGAGAACUGUGUGUCCAAAAAUGCCAUACAUGCCCUGCCUGGAUGCUGCGGGCAGCCUUUCUCAUUGCAGUUUUGAGGUGGUUCUUGAGCACCGGCAAGUCACCUCCGACUCGUGGCCAUCUCCAACCGGUCCUGUCCUCCACAGCCAUGCUGGGCUCUUGCAAAGUCAAGCUUGUGGCUUCCUUGAAGGGAGU